AUGAGUGGGAAAACAAAAGAGGACAAGAAGAAAUUAAAAGAGGAAGAAAAAAGGAAGAAAGAGGAAGAAAAGAAAAGGAAGGAAGAAGAGAAGAAAAAGAAAAAAGAAGAAGAAAAAAAAAAAAAAGAAGAAGAAAAAAGAAAGAAAGAAGAAGAGAAGAAAAGGAAAGAAGAAGAAAAAAAACACCGCGACCACAAACAUGAUGACAAAAAACAUGAGGAAAAAGAUAAAAAAGAUGAAAAUGACAAAAAAUUGAAGAACGAACCUGAAGAAGAAACCAGAAAGAAAGCUGAAGAGGAGGUUAAGAAAAAAGCAGAAGAAGAAGCUAAGAAGAGGGCUGAAGAAGAAGCUAAGAAAAAAGCAGAAGAAGAAGCUAAGAAAAAAGCAGAAGAAGAAGCCAGAAAGAAAGAAGAAGAAGAAGCCAGAAAGAAAGAAGAAGAAGCCAGAAAGAAAGAAGAAGAAGAGGCUAAGAAAAAAGCAGAAGAAGAGGCUAAGAAAAAAGCAGAAGAAGAAGAGGCUAAGAAAAAAGCAGAAGAAGAGGCUAGAAAGAAAGCUGAAGAAGAAGAGGCUAGAAAGAAAGCUGAAGAAGAAGAGGCUAAGAAGAGAGCUGAAGAAGAAGAAGAGGCUAGAAAGAAAGCUGAAGAAGAAGAGGCUAGAAAGAAAGCUGAAGAAGAAGAAGCUAAGAAGAAAGUAGAAGAAGAAGAAGCUAAGAAAAAAGCAGAAGAAGAAGAAGAGGCUAGAAAGAAAGCUGAAGAAGAGGCUAGAAAGAAAGCUGAAGAAGAGGCUAGAAAGAAAGCUGAAGAAGAAGCUAGAAAGAAAGCUGAAGAAGAAGAGGCUAAGAAGAGAGCUGAAGAAGAAGAGGCUAAGAAGAGAGCUGAAGAAGAAGCCAGAAAGAAAGAAGAAGAAGAAGCUAAGAAAAAAGCAGAAGAAGAAGCUAAGAAAAAAGCAGAAGAAGCUAGAAAGAAAGAAGAAGAAGCUAGAAAGAAAGCUGAAGAGGAAGAGGAAGAGGUUAAGAAGAAAGAAGAAGCUAAAACAUUUAACACUAGUAAGCCUAACGGAACUGGGGUAUCAACUCAGUUAGGACUUGCUUCACAACCAGGACUAGCUUCACAACCAGGACUUGCUUCACAACCAGGACUAGCUUCACAACCAGGACUAGCUUCACAACCAGGAUUAGCUUCACAACCAGGAUUAGCUUCACAACCAGGAUUAGCUUCACAACCAGUAGGAUUAGGACUAAGUUCAACUCCAAGAGCACAACCUAGAUUAGGGCUUGGAGGAGGAUUAGGAAUACAACCAGCUGGAUUAGGAUUAGGACUUGGAGCACAACCAACAGGAUUGGGGUUAGGACUUGGGGCAAACUCAAGACCAUCCAUGGGGCUAGGACUUGGAGCACAACCUGCAGGGUUAGGAUUAGGACUUGGAGGACAGCCAGGGCUCGGAAUGCAACCAACAGGACUAGGACUUGGAGCACAACCAACUGGAUUAGGAUUAGGACUUGGAGCACAACCAACUGGAUUAGGAUUAGGACUUGGAGCACAACCAGGAUUAGGAGGACUUCCACCAAUAGGUGGAUUAGGAGGACUACCACCAGUAGGAGGGUUACCACCAUUAGGAAUGAAUGCUCCACAAGAAGAGAUUGUAACAGAAGUUGAACAAGGAGGUGAGAAGAAGAAACGAAAGAGACAAAAGAAGAAAAUUAUGAUUUCACAGUCAGCAUUUUUCACACAUGAAAAUGAAGAAAAGGCAAACGCAAUGUUAAGUAAGAUUGCUGAUGAUGCAGUAUUAGUAUUUGAUUGUGGAAGUUCAUUUAUCAAAGUUGGAGUUGCAGGAGAAGAACAACCAAGAAAAGUUAUUCCAACUUGUUACUGUACAAUAGAAGAUGAGGACUACGAAGGAGGAGAAAGAAAAGAAUUUGGUUAUAAAGCAAUUGAUGAGGAUGAGGGAUUAGUGUGGCCACUUGACCCAAGGAAAGAUACUGAUUGGGAUGGAUUACUUGCUAUUAUUCAAAAUAUUUAUGAAAAUGAGUUAGAUGGAUGUGAUCCAGCAUCUCAUCCAGUUGUUAUGACAGAACUACCGAAUAUGAAUGAAGUAUCAACAGAUAAAAUCAAAUCUAUGAUGUUCAAUGAUUUGAAUGUUCCAUUUUUAAAAAUAGUUAAUCCUGCAUUAAUGGCAUUAUAUGCUGAAGGUAAAGAAACAGGGGUUGUAGUUGAAAUUGGUAACAGAAUGCAAAUAGUACCAGCUGUUGAUGGGUAUGUUAUUGAUAAUGCUAUUACUAAAAUUAAAGGUAAUGUUUCUGGACUAACAGAGUACAUGUCUCGUUUGUUAAGAGCUUGUGGUUAUAUCUAUACUACAUCAGCACAAAUGGAAUUAGUAAGAGCAAUUAAAGAGAGUGUAUGUUAUGUUGCUUUAGAUUAUGAAGCUGAAAUGAAAAAGAAAGCAAAGGAUGUAAUGAAAGAGUUUCAAGUUCCAGGUAAUGAAAACACUUCAAAAUUCUUCCAAGAACGAUUCCAAUGUCCUGAGGCUUUAUUCCAACCUGAAAAAGUAGGAAUAGAUGCUGAAGGAGUUCCUUCAAUGUUAUUUUCCACAAUUAAAAAAUGUCCAUUAACUUCAAGAAGACCAUUAUUAAAUCAUAUCAUUUUAUCAGGUGGGUCAACAUUAUUCCCUGGAUUACCAGAAAGACUUGAAAAAGAACUUAAACAACUUUGUACUGAAAAUAAGAUGAAUCCAAGAGAUGUUAAGAUAUCAGCAUUACAAAACAGAAAAUACUUAGCAUGGACAGGUGCUGCUUUGUUAGCAGGAAUGUCUACAUUACUUGAUGAAGAAAAAUGCACAAAAGAUUAUUAUCAAGACAACUGUUGA